AUGAAUUGCUUUAUAGUUUGCAUCAAAGCAAUUAAAAAGAAGUCAACGAAGCAAAUUCUGCCGAAACCUGAAGAAACGUCUAAUUCUCCAAGUUCACAGACACCAAAUAAUAGAGAUCACUCGAGAUCUCUAAGCUUAAUCUCGAUUCUUUCAGACUCAAGCAAACUCCCCGAUGACAGCGUUGAUUUAAGCAGUAAUGUCCCUUAUGUCCAAAGAAAAAGACCUAAGGUUUAUAAUUUAAGAAAUAAUUCAAUCACAGUUCGACACACAAAAACAAAUGAAGUUGUUUCUAGCCAAAAAACCAGGUUUAUCAGAAUUCUUAAAAAUUGUCCAUCGCCUCAACCAACUGCUCAAGUGAAAAAUUAA